AUGUCAGUUAUGAUAAGAGCAGGGUUCGAUAAAGACGGAUUUUCUGCGGGUCAUUUGGGCUCUUCACAUAACAAUUCUGCUCCAUCGUUGAUUAUUGUCGAUCUGAUUCAGGGUGAUAGGUUAUGGAUGUUCGCCAUUGGACUGUUCUUACACCAGCUUGGUGGCAUUACGUGGAUUGCAAUUCACCAACUUGUCGACUCAGUAGCUAAAUUGGUACUUACGCCAGUGAUUGGUUCAAUGCUUGACAAAACAAAUAGAAAUAGAGGGAUGCAAGCCGUCCUAUUUGUGAACAACGUUGCAAUAUCACUGUCUGCCCUGAUAUUCUUCUUCAAUCUGUCUGAAAAAUAUGCAGCCGAAUCGAAUUGGGUGAAAACGCUGGACAUACAGUACAUAACUACCCUUUCGAGCUGCAUAACUAUUGCGAUAUUCUCAACGGCCUAUAAAACAGCAACUUCACUGCGAGAUCCAAAAAACUUUAUAGUUCUUUUGUGUCGGAUGCUGAUGCUCCAUACUGUUGAUGAACGUGUAUUUCAGCUGUAUCUCCUCUUUGCUAUUUUAUUUGGCUCCGUCUCUCGGGUAGCUUCAGAAGCUCAGAAAACCGCCUUCACCAAGGACUGGAUUGUCGUGAUCAUUGAGAAAACCAAAGGAGCUCGGUUGUCCACCCAGAAUGCUGCAAUGACGGUGAUUGAUCAGGCGUCCUCGUUCAUGACGCCACUCAUAGCUGGGCUCAUGCUUGACUGUGUGAGUCGACCUGUGUGUUGUCUGCUGAUUAUCGCUUGGAAUAUUCUCUCGUGGUCUGUUGAAGCGUCCAUGCUACUUUGGAUCUAUCGACGGAUUCCCGAGCUCGCUCAGCGAACGCGUUCCGAUUCAGUUUCCAAAGAACCAUCUAUCGAUGAUACACCUUCACCGGCAGCGGCCUACUCUGCCUACUUCCGCCAGAGUUCAUUCCGUGCUGCUUUUGGCCUCGCUCUUCUCUAUAUGACCGUUCUCGGAUUUGACAAUCUUGCCCUGUCGUAUGGUGCUUCACAAGGAAUGUCUGCUUCCACGCUUGGACUAUUCCGUUCUAUAGGAUCCCUGCUUGGAUUACUUGGAGCACUUUCAUACACAGCCCUAGAACGAGUACUUGGACUGCUGUGGACAGGUCUCAUAGGACUUAUGCUUCAAAACGUCUUCAUUAAUUUGUGCUCCCUUUCCAUAGUACUACCGGGAAGCCCAUUCAAUGCGACAGGAUACUUUUCAACGCUGACCACUACGAAAUGGGCAGAAGGUGUUCGAUCAACGAUCUUCGGUGGUUUGAAUUCAACUGAUCCAUCACCACCACUUCCAUUUUCCGAGCUCAGCCCCUCCAUUAUCGUAUUCUUUUUCGGAAUCACACUCGCUCGUUUCGGGUUAUGGAUAGCAGAUCCUUCGAUCACUCAGAUCAUGCAGGAAACUAUUCCCGAACGAGAACGAUAUUCAGUUUUUGGUGUACAAACAAGUAUCUGCGAGUUUUUCUCUGUGAUAAAGGAUAUUAUGGUUAUCUUCUUCCCUGAAACCAGCAGUUUCGGUGUUCUUAUUUCGAUUUCGUGUAUCUUCGUGUUCACAGGAUUUUCAUUCUACUUAUCAUACUUUAUCAAGGUUACAUGUAAUCGAUCACGAUGUCGAUCUACAAAAGGCGAGCUUAACAAUCUGAAGUUAUCAGAACAGGAAAAUAUGAUCAAUAAGAAUCUUCUCGAAAAUUCAUCAUCUACUCCCGAAGUUUGA